AUGUCCAGAAAUGUUUACUCGUUGAUAUUGGACGCUGGCCCGAUGCACGAAACAACCAGCCACAUCUUUCACGACGUGGUGCACAGGGAUGACGCCUGGCAGCGUGCCGCGCGAACCCAGUUCGGUCUUGAGUCCGACGACGGCGAUUUGGCAGCCCUCUGCCGGGCGGGCCAGCACCCAUCCAUGCAAUCUCUAAACAGAAUCACUCAAAUUUACAAGUGCGCCGGCUUCACAGAAGCUCUCGCUGCGCUAGCUUCCGGUACCUCUUCUCGGGGUGUCCGCUUUGGCGGCAACUUCGAUGCCGGCACGCCCUGGAGCGCCGCAGAAGUCAACCCUCUUGUCGAGAAACACAGCAAACUCGAUGUCGAUGAGUGGGUAGAAACGUAUUUUGACAGGGCUGAUCACACCAUGUUUGUUGACCCCGAAAAAAGGGUACCAAACGGUCCCGCCGUACCCCAAGUUCUUUGA